AUGAAAUCCUCAAAUGGUGUCGGUUGUACCGAUUCUAUACAAGGAUAUUUAUUUAAAAAAGGAAAUUCAUCUCUAUUAUCUUCAUCAUCAACAUUAUGGAAGAAGAGAUGGUUUUCUUUAGAAAAUGGUAGUACAACAUUAAAAUAUUUUAAAAAUUCAAGCGAUGAAUCACCAAAAGGUUCAAUUAAUAUUCAAUUAAUUGAAUCAAUUGAUAUUUUAACAACAACUACCACCACCACCACAACCACCACUACAUUUGGAAAUAAAGAUAAUACUAAUAACAACAACAACAACAACAACAACAAUAAUAAUAGUAAAUAUUAUUUCGAUUUAAAAAUUAAAUCAAGAGUUUAUCAUUUAUAUUCUGAAACUGAAAGAGAAAGAGAUUAUUGGAAUGUAAAUUUAAAUUUAUCAAUUUUAAAAUCAAAAGAACCCUCACCCUCACUCUCACCACAAUCACAAGUAAGACCAAGAUCAUACACUUUACCAUCACCAACACCAACAAUUGUAUUAGCAGAACCAUCACCAUCACCAUCACCAACACCACUUCCACCACUACCAAUACCACCAAAUAAUAAAACUAAACCUCCUCUUCCGCCAAAACCAAUUUCACAACAACAACAACAGCCUGUACAACAACAACAACACCAACAACAACAACAACAACACCCAACAACAAAUACUAAUACCAAUGGUAAUAGUAAUAAUAAUAAUGUAAUUUUAAAUAAAAAACAACAACAACAACAACAACAACCUGUAAAACAAAAAGAAAUUGAAAAUGAAGAAAAUUUCGAAUAUGAAGAUGAUGAUAUUAGUUUAUGUGGAGCAAAAAGAAAAGAUUUUAUAAAGAAUCAUUCUAGUGGAUAUAUUACAAGUAUGGUAGGAGUUACAAGAUCAAAGAUAUGGUGUGGAGAUUCUCAAGGUAAUAUUUGCACUUUCACAUUGAGUAGAAAUGGAAGUGGUGCUAAUGGAAUAACGGAUAAAGUUAAGAAAGGAUCACAAUGGAAAGAACAUACUCUUAUGGUAACCUCAUUGGUUUAUGUACCAUCUCAAAAAUUAGUUUACAGUUCAUCAUUAGAUGGUAAAAUUUGUGCUUGGGAUAGAACUGAUUAUAGUUUACUAUUCUCUCAUUCAAGUAAAUUCCCAAUUUAUGAUAUGUUAUUUAGUAAAAAUGAUUUAUUAGUUUAUUGUGGUGGUAUUUCAUCAUCACAACAACAACAACAACAACAACAACAAAAUCAAAAUCUACAAAAUCAAAAUCAAAAUUUAUCAUUAUUUGAUACAGUUACAAAAGAAGAGACAGAAAUACCAUUUCAAUCAUUUUUACCAAAUUUAUAUAACAAUGGUAAUAGUGGGAAUAAAAAAAGAAAAUUUAUAAAAAUGGUAAAAUUUGAUGAAAAAAUUAUAAUUUGUACAGAUAGAUGUGAAAUUAUAGUUUGGAGUCCAUGGGAUAAUGAAAUUUGUAAAUAUGUUAAAAUUAAUAAUUCAUAUGAUAUUACUGCAAUGAAUGUUGUUGGUGAGAAUCUAUGGAUAUGUACAACAUCAGAUACGAAUGGUAAUAUAUUUUCAACAACGAAUCCGUGUUUGGUGAUAGUGUUAUCAAUUAAAACAGCAUUGAAAAGGGUUAAAAGUUUUGAGUGUAGACAUCCAAUAUCGCAAUUUACAUUGGUCAAUGGUUACGUUUGGGCAAUCACUCGUGAUUACAUAACAGUUUAUGAACAGAAUACAGCUCAAUUAGCCUAUGAAACAAUUAUACUUAAAGAAGAUAUGAACUUUAAAUUAUUAUAUAAUUUUAAUACUGUUUGGGUUGGUGGUACUUGGUUAUUUAGAUUUCAAAUAUUUAAUAAUUGGAUUAGAGAUAAUUUAGAAUAUACAACUAACUCAUCAUCAUCACCGGAUAAAUCAGCAGCAUCAUCAUCAGCAAUUUCAAUUAAUAUUCAACCAAUUUCAGAUUAUUCAGAUUUUGAUAAUGUUUUAAAUGUUUUAGAAUUAAUUAAAGAGAGAUUACAAUAUGAUCAUUGUAAUCAACUUUAUGAUAUUCUAUUGGGUAUUUGUGAGAAUGAUCAAUUGAAUUUAACAGAUUUUAAAAUAUUAACAUCAAAAAGUUUUAGAUGGUUUGGUAGAAAUCAAUGUUCUUCAGUUAUGCGUGAGUCAAUUGUAUCUGAUAAUAAUAGAGUUUAUAGAAUUUCAAGAGUUUUAUCAAACUAUUUACAACAAUCAAAUAUUAAAGACUAUUAUAUAAAUAUUAGAGAAAGUAGUAAUAAUAUUACAAUUAAUGGUAGUGGUAGUGGUAAUGGUAGUAUUAAUAGUAGUAAUGGUAGUAUAAAUAAUAGUGGUGGUAGUAAUAGUAGUGGUUAUAAUAGUAAUGUCAUAUUCAUUUAUGAAACAUUAAAAACUGUUGAAUAUUUAGUUUCAAAUUUUGAUAAAUUUUCAAAACAAUUUCAAAUUCAACAACAAUUCAUUGAAACUAUUAUUAAAUUUACAACUCUAUCAUUACCUUCAAAUAGAUUAAUCGUUUCAAUUUCAUUAAUAAUUUUAUAUCAUUUAUUAAAUUCAAAUGGUAAUAAUUUAUUAAAUAUUUCAUCCUCAUCAUCAUCACCCUCAUCAUCACCAAAUCUAUCAAUAAAUGAUGGUUUAAUAACUACUACUCCAACUUCAACUAAUAAUACAACAACAACAACAACAACAACAACAACAACAACAACAACAAAUAAUUCAAGUUCAAGUGUAACAAAAAAAAUUAAAGAAAAUUUUAAAGUUAAUAAAAAUAAAGAUAAAGAUAAAGAAAGUAAAGGAAAUAAAGAAAUUAAUAACAAUAGUAAAGAUAAUAUAAAAGAGAAUACUAUAAAAGAUAUUGGUGGUAAUAGUUUAUAUAAUAAUUUAAAAGAUAAAGUAAAGUUAUAUCUAUCAGUAUUCUUUGAUCAAUCAAUUGAUGAUAAAACUAAAAUAUCAAUAAUUAAUGUUCUUUCAAGAUUUCCAACAGAAUUAAAAGAACAAUUUAAAAAAGAGCUUUAUUUAAAUUCAACUUUUCAAUUAUUAAAUCAAGGUAUAUCAUUGGUUUGUAAUGAUUUAAUUAUAAUCAUGAAUCAAAUUUUAAUUGAUUCACCAAAAAUUAAAGAUCAAAUUAUAAAAUAUGUACCAAAUUUAUUAAAUUUAUUAGAUCAAAAACAACAACAACAACCAAUUAAUGAUAGAAUUAGAAUUUUUCAAAUUAUGUCAAAUCCAACAUUUAUUCAAAGAUCAUAUAAUAAUAAUAGUAUUGGUAAUAAUAAUAAUGAUAAUAAAAAAUUAAAGAAUAGAAAAGUUAUAAUUUCAAGUAAUUUUAAAUCACCAAUUGAAAGUAUUUUAUUCACUAUAAAUUCAAUUUUACAUUCAUUAAAGAGUACAUCAUUUAGGGGUUUAAAAAUUACGAUUUUAGAUAUAAUUGUACCAAAAGAAUUUAAUCAAGAUUUAUUAUCAUCAAUUAAUGGUUCGAUAAUAAAUUUAAAUUUCAUUUUACCAAAUCAAAGCUUUGUUUCAACAAUUAAAUUUAAAUUUAAUCCAAAGGAUUUAGCAAUUAAAGUGGCUUUUCAAUUGGGUGUAUCGGUUGGUGAGACCACAAUUUCAAAUUUCUCAAUCACUGGUGAUCUUCAAUUAGGUUUCACUCUAGGUACUGCUAAACCUGAAUAUAUCUCUUUCUUGGAGGAUCCAAUCAUUAACUUUGAUUUCGAUUCAACUGGUGUUAUCAAUUUAAUUGAUAAAUUUGUUAAACCAAUCUUAAAAAAAUCAAUUAGAAAGAGAUUAGUUCAUCCAAAUAGAUUUUAUUUACCAAGUUCUUAA